UUUUGAUAGUGACGGUGACUACGAGAGCUUGCCACCUCAUGUCUCAGUGGCGACCCACAUGACAGCAGGAGCCGUGGCUGGCAUACUGGAGCACACGGUGAUGUACCCCGUGGACUCUGUCAAGGAAGGAAACGCAUGGGGACAUGCUGAGGAAGAUAGACUUGGCAUCUCCUGAGCCAGCCAGAGAUCUAUUGGUAUAAUAAAAACAUGCUUUGUGGUGUUCAGAUAACUUGGCAUGGUUAAAUAAAACAAAUGGUUACCACAGCCCCGCACACCAGCCUCAAGAGAGACACACAUCACUCGGUCGGGACCUCACGGCUGCCAAGUGCACUUACUGUCAGAACAAUGUGACAGCAUUACAAGAAAACAAUACGUCAAGAAAUCAUCCUUUGGCCUUCCACAGACAAGGAUGCAGAGCCUGCAGCCGGACCCAAAUGCAGAGUACAAGAGUGUGUAUCAGGCUCUGAAAAGGAUAAUCCAGACAGAGGGGCUCUUCAGACCGCUGAGGGGCCUCAACAUCACCAUGAUGGGAGCGGGACCAGCACAUGCCAUCUACUUUGCCUGCUAUGAAAGGGUCAAACGCUCUCUCAGUGAAGUCAUUCAGAGUGGAGGCAACAGCCAUUUGGCCAAUGGUUUGGCAGGUAGUGUGGCCACUGUUCUCCACGAUGCGAUCAUGAACCCAGCUGAAGUGGUAAAGCAGAGGAUGCAAAUGUACAACUCUCCAUAUCGAGGACUUUGGGACUGUCUUCAAACAAUAACGCGUACUGAAGGCGUGGGAGCCUUCUACCGCAGCUACAGCACACAGCUGACCAUGAACAUCCCUUUCCAGGCCGUUCACUUCAUCAUCUACGAGCUGAUGCAGGAACAGUUUAACCCCCACAGACAUUACAACCCUGGCAGUCACAUAGUGUCGGGAGCAGCAGCAGGAGCCCUUUCCGCAGCAAUAACCACUCCUCUCGACGUUUGUAAAACUCUGCUCAACACACAAGAGAAUGUAGCGCUCAACUCCGUAAACGUCAGCGGUCACUUAUCGGGAAUGGCUAAUGCCUUCAGGACAGUGUACCGGCUCGGUGGUCUGGCGGCCUUCUUCAAAGGGGCCCAAGCUCGGAUUAUAUACCAGAUGCCCUCCACUGCCAUUGCCUGGUCAGUGUACGAGUUCUUCAAGUACUUCCUGACGAAGCAGCAGCUGGAACAGGAGGCAAGAGCUGGACCGAUGUAAUGGAAAGUGUUCCAAACAACACCUAGACUGGAGCUGAUGGAAGAAGACUGCAACCUGACGCUGAGUGAGAUCACAGUGUGCUGUUUGAGGAAAUAACAUCAGUUAUUGUCACACUGGGAUGUUGUCACAGUAAAGGAGUGGCACAGAAUGGCUCUCCUUAUUGUCACUUACGUGUGUGUGUGUGUGUGUGUGUGUGUGUGUGUGUGUGUGUGUGUGUGUGUGUGUGUGUGUGUGUGUGUGUGUGUGUGUGUGUGUGUGUGUGUGUGUGUGUGUGUGUGUGUGUGUGUGUGUGUGUGUGUGUGUGUGUGUGUGUGUGUGUGUGUGUGUGUGUGUGCUUUCAAGUUAAGAUGAUGUUGCACAACCAGGAUAUGCAACAGAGAUGACAGAUAAACGUAGAAGAGUUCAACGGUCAUCUUCUUCUUCCUCCUCCACUCCACAAACACAUCAACUACAACUCUCCAAUCUCUCUUUUCUACACGUGGAGACCGUAUAAUUAAGUUGUCUUGAAUGAUAGUUUUUAAUAUUGGAACUUUUUAUUUAUUUUGUUAGCUUUCAGAGGCUUGUAUUUUACGGAUGCGGAAGAAACAAGAUGCUGUUUGUUUUGUUUCAUUGUGUAUUUAUAAGAAAACGUUACAACACAUUCCUCAUUUUCACUCCACGGUGAACGGAACAGUUGCGCUUUCCAAGUGCCUCGUAUAUUAAACGCUGCGUAACCUUUUUUUUUUUUUUUUUUGCCCUCUGGUUUUCAAAAGAAAAUCCUUUUUUCUCUUGGUUCAAGUUCUAGCAAAGAAGCGUACAUGUUGUUAUAAGAUUCAAUCUUAAAGCGUCUCUGUCGUAAAUCUCAAGUUGCUAAACUUAAUGCUGUUUUGGUUAUUUCUAUUAUUAUCUCUGCAUCAAAUUAUCAAAUGCCAGUCUGCAGCAAUUAAAAAGAUGUUACAGUUUUUUGCUUUAAGUGUUAGUUUCCCCCUCUCUCUGUAUCAAGAUGUGUAGGCCGUAAAGGUCCAGUUAUUUGCCUUGUUAAAGCAAACAAUACUCCUGAAUAACGCACACUAAUAGUGUCAUUAAAGAAUCACACCUGUUGCAGAAAGAAGGCAGCUUGUUUAUAUGUAAUCAAAAACAUGAAUAUAUAUUUUUAGGGUGACUAUUUCUCAGAAAGGUCAUUAUGCAGGUCCAAAGGUGGAUCAAAUGAGGCUUUUACUUCACGUGCAUUUGUACUGGUGUGAUGUUUCGCUUUUGAGUGGCCUGCUUUUGUUUGUGUGUCAUAUUGACCUUGAACUCAAAGGUCGUAGAUUGUAUCUCAAAUAUUUUCAUAGUAUAUGUUUGACUUAAUAUAAAGUUCAGACUUUCUGUGAUCCAAAAUGUAAGGUAAGCAGGCAAUGCUACUUCUUUUAUUUCCACUCAUCCUGUUGUAGUUUCACAUUUCCCGUGUGCUCGCUGCUCUCUCCAGAUAUUUUCCAUUCAGAAGUCAAGACAUUCCUCCAGACAUUGAUGUAAUCCAACAAGCAGCCAGAUUUAUUUAUUUUUAAUUAGGGAGUCUUUUCUUUCCUUCGGUAAAGUUCAGAGAGUUCGUCAGAUUCCAGUGGUCUCACAAACCCUUUAGCAACACAUUCAUUGUGCUUGUGCAGUAGGAUAAUUGUUAAUAUACCAAAGACAUUGCGUUCUAUGCAUCUUACUAGUAACCUGUAAAUAUAAUGCUCUUUGCCUCCCUGCAGUGAAUUGUCAUGCCAUCUCUUUGCCCCAUAGUUUCCUAAUCACUUGAAUUCUAACUUCUUUAUGGACUUAUUUGCUGUACGUGUCAGAAAAGUUUUCCUAAAGUACUUGAGAAGAAGCGGCUAAAAGUUUAAAUAGUAUGUUAUGACAUGGUGACAUCAUUUUUAUUGACUGAGCAGUCAUGUUUUGAAUAUAGUUGCACUCUGCUUGGAUACAAAGCGAGUUAGUUAUUGUGGAUUCAUGAUGUUUUAUUCUAAUCUAAGUGUAGUUCAGUUGGAUUCACUGUUAAAACUCCACUGAUUUUAAGUGCAUCAUGUGAUUUUAAAGAAGAAGAAGAACAUGAGACCAGUCAGAUUAGUGUUUGAUUGUAAACUAAUACUUGCAGUCAGCACUGCUUGCCCCCAUUAGUCCUUAGAGGUGUUGAUUCAUAAUUCCCAAACUGUGCUGCAACACCUGUGUCCAAGUACUUUUUAACGUGUCAAAGUAGUGUUUCUCAUAGAUGCUUACAUUUUAACAGAGACAGGAGAGCUGAUAUUCUACACGAGGAUUUCCAUAAUGUAAAUAGUUUUAUGCUGAUUACGCACAAAUGUUUGAAAUGGGAGUUGGGAUGAUUUUUGAGAGCGUGCCAUCUCCAACAGGAAUGCUUGGAAACAUGACCUUGCAAUUAUGAAAUGAUUGUGACAAUGCUGCUACAGUAUGUAACACUGGAGCCGAAAUAAACAUGCAAGUGGGGAA